GCUGAUCGGCUAGUCGGAGUUUUGUGAAUGGACUCAAUUGCGUUCGAGAUCUUCUUCAAAAUAAAAGCUCAAAUUUAAGUUCCCUUUCUAGUAAGGAUAGUUAUGCAUGUAAGCAAAGUAAAAUACUGUAGAACCCUUACUUUGGAAGUAUAUUGACAGCCCAUCAUGCAUUGCGUGUCCUGCUAGCGGAAAUACACAGAAAAGACGGGAACGAACAUUUCUUACAAUAGAUUUUCGUAACAACUUCGACCAAUUAUGUUGUGUCAAAGAUCAAAAUAAAAUAUUCUGAGAGUAUUGCUAAGCCAGGACUUGCGAUGGCGUUCCCCCAGCCUAAACCCCAGGUCCCGCAGCUCCCCCAACACCUUCUCAGGACCAUAGACUGCAACCAAGGCGCUAUCAGAGCCGUGCGCUUUAACGCGGAUGGGAACUACCUGUUGUCCUGUGGCAGUGACAAGUCUCUGAAGCUGUGGAGUGUCAGCAGGGGAACUCUGUUGAAGACCUACAGUGGCCAUGGAUACGAGGUCUUAGAUGCUGAUGGUUCCUACGACAACAGCCUGCUGUGCUCCUGCAGUUCGGACAAGACGGUGAUCCUGUGGGACGUGGCGACAGGACAGGUCACACGCAAGCUCCGCGGUCACGCAGGGAAAGUAAACUGUGUACAGUUCAAUGAGGAAGCCACUGUUAUCCUAUCUGGCUCCAUUGACGGUACGGUGCGCUGCUGGGACACCCGGUCCAGGAGGUUUGAGCCGAUUCAGAUCCUGGACGAGGCCCGUGACGGCAUCAGCAACCUGAAGGUGGCAGAGCAUGAGCUGCUCACCGGGUCUGUGGAUGGUAGACUGAGGCGCUAUGACCUGAGAAUGGGACAGCUGCAUGUGGACUUCAUAAACAGCCCCAUCACGUGUGUGUGUUUCAGCCAGGACGGCCAGUGCACCCUGACCUCCAGUCUGGACUCCACCGUACGACUGCUGGACAAGAGCACUGGGGAGAUGCUUGGAGAGUACUCUGGCCACAAGAUGAAGGGCUACAAGUUGGACUGCUGUCUCUCCAGUAAGGACACUCACGUUCUAAGCUGUUCUGAGGACGGACACGUCUACUGCUGGGACCUGGUGGAGGGUUCCCUGACGCUGAAACUUCCUGUCGGGAAGGCUGUCGUCCAAUCGCUGUCCUUCCAUCCCUCAGAGACACGCCUACUCACGGCCAUGGAGGGCCGUGUGCAGGUGUGGGGGGCGGAGCCCGAAGAAGUGAAGGAGGAGGAGGAGGAGGUUGUUGUGGCAACGUAGGGAGAAAAUGUGACGCUUGUUUAGUUGUUUUUCCUGUACAUAUUUUUGUAGUAAACAUUUAUUAAACCUUUUGUAAUAA